AUGGCUACACCAUCGAGAGUCUUCCACGCGCCGUUUUUGAAAGUUAUGAUGAUAAUUUUCGAGUUCCUAAAGGUUUCGGGUAGUGGUAUUACUGAAGCAUUUACGGCAAUUGUUGCACCAUACCCUGAUUAUUGGUUAGUAGACAUGCUAAGGCGGUGCGAGAGACUGACUCCCGUUCUCUACUUCCAAAGUGCCCCUCUUUAUACAAGAUGGCGUUGUGAUCAGUGCCGAUAUCAUGACUUUCUCAUAUCCAUCUACCCCCAAGGAUUUUAUCAAUCAGAGCCCAUGGCGCUUAUGCAGCAGUCUCUUACUGCCAGCGCAACGGAUAUUGCGGACAGGGUAAGGCUUGAUAUCACUGCCCUGUCCUUGCAGAUACCACGCAGAUGGACGCCAAGAGGCUCCGCUCCAUCUACUUGCUAUGUACCUGCUGAUUAUGACUCAAGUUUCCGUCUUGGCCAUGCUGGACUCCAUCUGAGGAUGUCUCUUGGCACCUACCAUCAAGCAUGA